AUGUCGCGAAGUCCUAUGAGCAGGAGUUUGACACUUUGCGGCCAACAAAUAGGCUCACGUGACUUCGCGCUCCUUCCCCGCGUCGUCUUUGUCGCAGACGCGGCAGGCAGAACCUUGAGGCGAAACAAUUUCGAAAAGCGUGGAUUUGGCGCUUCCAAAAACUCUAUCAGGCCAUCUACUAACGUUGACAGGUCUAAAAUUGACAAGCUUUCAAUCCUGGGUGUUCGCUCCUUCGAUAACACCCGCAGUGAGACCAUACAGUUCCAUACUCCUCUUACCUUGAUCGUCGGAUACAAUGGGUCUGGGAAAACGACUAUCAUUGAGUGCCUCAAAUAUGCUACAACCGGUGACCUUCCGCCCAACAGUAAGGGCGGCGCGUUCAUUCAUGACCCGAAGUUGUGCGGAGAGAAAGAAGUCUUGGCCCAAGUGAAGCUAUCCUUCAAGGGCACCUCCGGUGCAAAGAUGGUGGCCACCAGAAGCUUACAGCUUACGGUCAAGAAGACGACACGACAACAAAAGUCGCUAGAGGGGCAGCUCCUGAUGAUCAAGGAAGGAGAGAGAACCGCCAUCUCUUCUCGAGUCGCGGAAUUGGAUCAGAUUAUGCCCCAAUACCUUGGCGUGUCGAAAGCUAUUCUUGAUUCCGUUAUCUUCUGUCAUCAGGAUGAGAGUCUAUGGCCUAUGAGCGAGCCAUCGGUUUUGAAGAAGAAAUUCGACGAAAUAUUCGAAGCAAUCAAGUAUACAAAAGCCAUUGAUAAUAUCAAAGUACUACGCAAGAAGCAGAACGAGGAGCUUGGCAAAUACAAGAUCAUGGAACAGCACGCCAAAGAAGACAAAGAGAAAGCCGAUAAAGCAGAGAAGAGGUCGAUCAAGUUGCAGGAGGAAAUCGAAGCUUUGCGAGCGGAAACCCAUCAGCUUACCCAGGAAAUGCGCCAGGUGGCAGAACUUGCCGACAAAGCCUGGACGGAAUCUGAAAACUAUGCCCAAAUCCUCGGAACCUUAGAAGGAAAGCGUAUCGAAGCGAAGAGCAUUAAAUCUACCAUCGACAACCUCAAAAGACAUCUAGUUGAGCUCGACGAACCAGAUGAAUGGCUAGAGUCGAACUUGGAACAAUUCGAGUCCAAACAAAUCCAGUAUCAGCAGCAAGAAGAGUCUCAGAAGGAAAAGUAUAUGGAGCUUAGAGAGCAGAUUGAACAGACCCGACACAAACUAGGUCUGAAGCAGGCUGAAUACGGGAAGUACGAAAACGAUAAGGCCAGUUUCGAGCGCCAGGUCGAGAGGCGCCAACGCAUGUCCAAAGAACUGGCACGGAACUACAACAUUCGCGGCUUUGACAGCAUUGUGGAUCAACCAGAGAUAGAUGAAUUUAUGAAAAGAAUCCGGAAAAUCCUGAAAGAGCAUGCUCAGACUUUGGAUCGAGCAAAGAGGGAGGCGCAGAGCGAAUUGCGUGAAACCCAGGCAUCCUUGGACGAAAUUGGCCAGAAGAAAUCGGCUCUCCAAGAAAGCAAAAAUGCUGCCAAGCGACAAAUAGCUACCAACGACAAAGAGACAGCCAGCUACCAAGGGAAGCUGAAUGAGCUAAGUGUGGAUGAGGGUGUUCAGGCCGCGCUUGAGUCUAAUGUUGAAGACGUUCAGUCGCGCUUGGAGCAAUCCAAGGAGCGCAGCCGAGCCGCUUCUUGGGACAAAGAGAUCCAGCAUCUAAAUUCAAAGAUCCGCGAACUCGAAGAUGAGAGUUCUCGCCUAAACUCAGAGCUCAUCGAAGCAACCAAGAAAGCUGGUGACCUCGCUCGAUUGGACCACCUCAAGAAGGAAUUGAAAGAGCGAGAGCGGAGUUUAGAGACCAUGAAGGGAGCCCAUGGUGAGCGACUUUCCAAGCUUGUUAGUCAGGACUGGAAGCUCGAUACACUGGAGCAAGACUUUCAACGUGCCCUCGAUGACGAGACAAAAGCGGUCUCCAGCGCCGAGCGUUCGAGAGAUGGUAUCAGCAGGGAGCUGGAGCAAGUCGAAUACAAACUCAACAACAUCAAAAAGGGCUUGAACCAACGACAGGAAGAGCUAAAGGGGUGCAUCGAAGAGAUUCAGGAGGCUAUCAACGAUGAGCCUGCGGAAUACCCUGAAGUUGUCAAGCAACGGCAGGCUCAACUUGACAUUGCGAGAAAAGAUAUGGAACAGUAUGCGGGUAUUGGAGAGUACAUGAGCACCUGUCUGGACACUGCGGAUGAGGCAAAGGUAUGUCGACUAUGUACGCGGCCAUUUAGGAACGACAAGGAGUUUGCAGCGUUUCGAAGCAAGCUCGAAGGUCUUGUGAAAAAGGCCAGGCGUGAUGCCCAAGAUGAAGACGUUAAACAUAUGGAAGAUGACCUCAAUGCUGCUCGUGCCGUCAGUACUGUUUACGACACUUGGUCUCGUCUAAAGGAAACGGAAAUUCCCGAGCUAAAGCAGGAGGAAGACAAGUACGUUCUUCAACGUGAUGAGCUCCUUGGCCAGCUCGAAGAUCGUGACAAGGUCGUGAGCGAGGCGACGGAGAAGAAGCGGGAUGUUGAGGCCCUCUCAAUGACGGUGAAUACCAUCGUUAGGUAUUUGGGUGAGAUCAAAUCUAUUCGCUCUCAAAUACAGGAAAUCUCGUCGAAGCAACCGGAUGUUGCGACUCCACACACCCUUGAGGAUAUUCAAGAAGAGCUAUCUGGCAUUGCCGAAAAGUCCAGAAAUCUUAAGAAGUCUCUUUCCAAGGUUACGACUGACAAAGAACAAUCGCGAACUGAGAUCAAUAACCUUGAAUUGGAGCUCAGAGACGUCAAAAGCAGCCUUGACAACACCAGAUUUCAGCUCUCAAGAAAAGCUGAUCUUAUCUCACGCAUAGAAGAGUACAAGAAACUUAAUAUCCAGCAGCGCGAAGCAAUCGUCAAUGCUGACAAAGAAAUUGAGAAGCUGACCCCGGCGCUCCUGAAAGCUCGAGCCAAGUACGACGAUAUCAGUCAGCGCGCUGAGGCACGCGAGAGAGAGGUGCAGCAAACAAUAUCUCAGUUGUCUGACAGUAUCCACCAGCUUGAGCUUGCCAAUGAAGAAAUCGACGCUUACAACGAGCGGGGAGGUCCUAAUCAGCUUGACAGGAGCAAGCGCGAGCUCCAGACCAUUGAGGACGAAAUCAGCAAUCUUGAGGGUGAACAAGCCGACAUCACCAAGACAAUCAAUAAGAUCUCGGCACAGCUCAAGGACAGUGAGAACACGAAACGCCAAUAUGCUGAUAAUUUGACAUACCGUCAGGCGACGCGAGCCCUAGACAAGGUCUCAAGCGAGAUCCAGGAAUUGGAAGCUCAAAAUGCAGAGGUUGAUAGAAGCCGUUUCAAAGAGGAAUCGGAGCGUCGGAGCCGAGAACACAGCGCUCUUUCUGCGAAACAAGCAAGUAAAAUGGGAGAAAUGAAGUCCAAGGAUGAUCAGUUGAUGCAACUCUUGACGGACUGGAACACCGAUUACAAAGAUGCAGCCUUCAAGUACAAAGAGUCGCACAUCAAGGUCGAAACAACCAAGGCCGCUGUCGAUGAUUUGGCGCGGUACGGUAGCGCUUUGGACAAAGCUAUCAUGAAGUACCACUCCCUGAAGAUGGAGGAAAUCAAUGCCAUCAUCGGCGAGCUCUGGCAAAAGACAUACCGUGGCACUGACGUUGACACAAUUCUCAUCCGGUCCGACAAUGAGAACGCCAAGGGUAACCGAUCAUACAACUACCGAGUCUGCAUGGUCAAACAGGGCGCUGAAAUGGACAUGCGUGGCCGGUGCAGUGCCGGUCAAAAGGUACUUGCGAGUAUCAUCAUCCGACUUGCCCUAGCAGAAUGUUUCGGCGUCAACUGCGGUCUGAUUGCACUUGAUGAACCCACCACCAACCUGGACAGGGACAAUAUCCGGUCCCUGGCUGAAUCUCUUCAUGAUAUCAUCCGCGCCCGUCAGCAGCAGGCGAAUUUCCAGCUUAUUGUGAUUACCCACGACGAGGAAUUCCUACGCCACAUGCAGUGUGGUGACUUUAGCGAUUACUACUACCGUGUUUCUCGUAAUGAGAGGCAAAAAUCGAUUAUUGAGAGGCAGUCUAUUGCAGAGGUUAUGUGA